AUGCUCAGAAGUCGGCUCGUCAGCGGACCGGAGACCAAUGCUGUCGCCAAACGUUUCGGUGACGGCCGACCACCUGUCUCAGAGCAAGGCAAGUCUGCAUGCAUGAACUCUCAGAUCACCAUUACAGAAAUGUUCAAAUCCGGGACAAGCGACAAGUACUGGAGUGUCGACGUUUCAGUUGCAUCGUUCUUGUUAUGGCAAGAACAGGGAUUGAUGACAUCCUUCAGCAAGUCCGACCAAGGAAGGUCCAGGAAAAUCGCCCUUAUGUACCUGGAUACAUAUACCAGAGAACAAUCUCAUAUGGGUAGAGAGAAGGAAGGUCUGAGCUCAUUACCCCAGAUUGUAUUCCCAGCGGUGGUACAAACUGAAAAGCUACGGAUUCCGCAGGCGAUCGACCGUAAUAUUCAUCCUUAUCGCGAUGAUUCCGAAUCAGAUGGUUUUGAUGACACCAAUGCCAGCGAUUCUGAAGACAUAGAAGAGGAGGAAAAGGCUUCAAUUAGCACAUAUCUCAACGGGCCUCCGGCAUUACAUACUCGUCGUAUAGAUCAGUCAGGACUCAAAAGAGAAGUCAUUCGGAGCGAAGAAGAGUGGCUGCCACCCGGCGGUUAUAUCGUAACAAGCUUCCCAGGCCGUGUGGGAGCAGGGCGUACGCCACGUCAAAAACAUGACGACCUUAGGCUCCAGAUCCUUGAACCAAGUGGACGUAAACGCAACCCUAUCAGUCGACCUGCAGAUCUUGUAUCGCGCAUCCUCGAGACUUGUUGCGCUAUCUUUGAUAGGUUACACGAAGUUGAAGAACUUCGUUUCUUCAUCAUGUUCGAAAGCUCAAUUGGGUCACUUGACGAUAAAGAGAGUCGCCUUUUCCGGACAUUUCAAAAUCAGUCCACACAGCUGCUCGAUCUGGACGCGACGAACAAGUACUACCAAGAGCGUAAAAAUACGCUUCUGAGAAAUAUGCUCGAUAUACGAAAGGAAAUUGAGUUUCUGGUAGAGGUCAAAGACAUUCGAGACGAGAUCAACAUUAUCCUUUCCGUGCUCCAUGUCCAGCAGAACGUCAUCGGGCAGAUGAAAGCACUUGCAGACCCACUUCUGUUUCCAAACGAGAUGACAGCCGAAUCACUUAUUGAGACUGAUAUUGCCGAUUUUGCAAGACUCAAUGAGCAAGCCAGAUCUAUCCAAGAUAAGCUUGAAACACUGAUGGAUCUCAAGCAAAAAGCUGCAAAUGCAUGGGAAGCACGAGAAGCUCGCGAAACUGCUGUAGCAGCGAGCAAGCAGGGUAAUAUUGUUCUCGUCUUCACGGUUGUCACCAUCAUCUUCCUGCCCUUGUCAUUCAUGUCAGCGUUCUUCACGAUCGGCAUCUCCGCCUUUCCCAAGGACAGAGUUAGUGGAGAGACAAGUUGGCCCAUGGGUUUGGUUACAGCGAUACUCUUCGGCGUGUCUCUCUGUGUGUCCUUGCCAUUGAUCGCCUUUGCCUUGAACAUGGAUUACUGCUCCGCCAUGUUCAACGAACUGCGCUACAAUUAUUGUGCACACGGCUGCAUCAAGCUCAUCAAGAUAUUGCCACACCCGGCUGCACACAGGAGACUAAACUCGCGUCGCACAGACUGGCUUGAGAGACUCAAAAAGUCUCGCGAGCAGUAUCUGAGGGUAGAAGUCGAUCACAUGGUGCCGGACGACACAGAAGGCCGUGCUAAACGAAUGGCUAGCGCAAUGCUUAGAGCAUCAAUGCCAACGGGGACUCAGACGCGAGGACGUAUGAGCUCUAGUAACGACGCGAGUAUCGCUUCGCGCACAUCGAACGUCUUUCAAAAGCUGCGUAGGCGUGGUAGAAAGGAGGAUGAGGAAUGUCUGUUCCCCGAAGCUUGA